AUGGCAGACGACAAGGUGGUAGAUCAAGUGGAUCAAGGUAUUUCACGCCUUGAGUCCGAGGCUUAUGACCCCGAACUCAAGAAGACCCCUGAGGUGCUCGUGGACUGGACUCCUGAAGAAGAGCAACUAAUGGAAACUCAGCGCAAAAUCGACUGGCGUACCAUCCCUUACUUGUCCUUCGUCUUCGGCUUGUCCCUGCUGGACCGCACCAAUGUCUCUGUCGCCUACAUUGCUGGAAUGAGUGAAGACCUCGACUUGGCGGUAGGAUCUCGCUACUCCAUCGCCCUCCUGCCCUUCUUCAUCCCCUACAUGAUGUGCGAGAUUCCGAGUAACAUGAUUAUUCGUCGAAUUGGAACCAGAUGGUGGCUGACAGCCCUGAUUCUCUACUGGGGUGUCUGCAUUCUUGCCAUGGGCUUCGUCAAACAUUGGGUUCCCCUUGUUAUCUUGCGAAUUUUCCUCGGUGCUUUUGAGGCUGGUCUCUUUCCCGGAGCGCUCUACAUUCUCUCUGCCUGGUACAGAACAUAUGAGUCUGGACAGAAAGUCUCCAUCUUCUACAUGGCAUCCUUGGUCACCACGGGUUUCAACGGCAUUUUCGCAUAUGCUUUGUCUCGUAUCUCUGUCGGAAACGGCAUGUUCAGCAGUGGUUGGAAAUGGAUCCUCAUCAUCGAGGGAGCCAUGACUAUUGCCGCCGGCGUUGCUGGACCUUUCCUGCUUGCAGAAUCCCCUGAGAAGUCGACUUGGCUCACCGAGCGUGAACGACACAUCGCAAUCAGGCGUGUGGCAAAUGACAAUGCCGGAAGGGAUUACGAACACUUGAACUGGAAGAAGCAACUCAAGCUCCUCAAGGACUGGAAGAUCGCAGUUUACAUCUACUCUCUGGGCUACUUUCUGCCACUCACCCUCCGCGAGUCACUUGGCUUUAGUCACACCAAGGCUCAGCUCCUGUUCUCCCCUCCUUACAUGUUCUGUAUCAUCAUGUCCAUCCUCAGCGGUUGGGUCUCUGAUCGCCUUCGCAUCCGCUGGAUCUUCCUGGUCGUGCAAGCAGCAAUCGGCAUCGCCGGUCUUUUUAUCAUCCUCUUCGUGCAUGCCCCUUAUGUUCGCUACUUUGGCGUUUUCCUUGUUAAGAAAGGCAUUAUCUCUGCCGCCAUGAUUUCAGCCGGUGCGAUCGGUGGUAUUACUGGCUCCACCAUCUUCCGCGUCCAGGACGCUCCUCGAUACCUGCCAGGCAUGGGUACCACCAUCGCGUUCCAGGCUCUUUACAUUGUUCUCACCGCGGGCAUGAGCUACUACUUCAAGAAGAAGAACAAGGAGGCCGAUGAGAAGGGUACUAUUCCUGAGGGUGUCCCAGGAUUCCGCUACGCUCCCUAA